AUGUUAGUGACGGCGAAAAAGCACGAGAUUUGGAUGGAUUUUGGUGAAGCGCCUAUCAGAUUUUCAAUUCAAGAGUUCUCGGUUGCUAUGUUUGCGGAUCAUGCAUCCAGCCUAAACCCAAUAGAUGUCCCAAGGGAAUUGAUAUGGGACCUACCUCGAAGAACUGUCUUCUUUGGUACCUCUAUUCCUACGAUAUUCAAAGAUAGUAAAGAAGCUGGAAUCCAAGAAGUUCGAUGAUCAUCAGAAAAGACUGGAGCUUUGUUCUAUGUCCCAAGUAAAACCCCAUAUAAUUCAUUUAUAUAUUUACUAUACUACUCAAUCACAUAGUCACUAUGUAUGCAAUUAUGGCAAUCAAUGUAAUAUUAUAAAAUCUUAAAUAAAGUACGCCGCCCAUCAAUAGGUAAUUAAUAAAUGAGUAUAUCUAUGAUAUACUUUUGUUA